ACUCCAACUUCAAUUCUUAUUUUUCUGCUCCUUAGCCACUCCAUGCUGCAAACUCAAACAGGAAAAAAAAUCCAAAUGGCCUCACUCUCAAGCCACACCCACCCAUUUCCACAGGCUGUGAACCGGCGACCGGCUCAAAACCAUAAUCCCAUACGGGUUUCACACAUAUCCGCCUCCAAACCCGAAGCAUCUGCCUCAAACAAAAAUGCAGAAGAGGAAACGGGUAGCUUAACAGUGACAGAGAGAAAGAGAAAAAAGAGAGGACUUGUAACUGCAGAGGAGCUGAAACAGAGGGAGGUAAGAGAGAGGAGAGAGGAAGUGAACAGGAAGAUAGCUUCAAGGAAGGCUAUUUCCGUCGUUCUGCGAAGAGAGGCCACUAAAGCUUUGAUCGAAACGAAGAGAGGACCCAACAAUUCCAAGAAGUUGCUGCCUAGGACUGUGCUUGAAGCCCUUCAUGACAGAAUCACUGCUUUGCGUUGGGAGUCUGCUCUCAAGGUUUUUGAGCUACUACGGGAGCAGCUUUGGUACAGACCCAACUCUGCUAUAUACGUUAAGCUUAUUGUCAUGCUUGGGAAAUGUAAGCAGCCUGAGAAAGCCAAUGAUCUCUUCCAGGCUAUGAUUGAUGAAGGCUGUGUUGUUAACCAUGAAGCCUACACUGCCCUCUUGUCUGCCUACAGUAGGAGUGCUCUCUUUGACAAAUCAUUUUCCCUUUUGGAGGAGAUGAAAGACACUCCUAAUUGUCAUCCUGAUGUGCAGACUUAUUCAAUCCUCAUGAAGUCAUGCCUGCAAGUUUUUGCCUUUGACAAAGUACAGGCAUUGCUUUCCGACAUGGCAAGUCAGGGAAUCAGGCCCAACACAGUUACAUACAACACCCUUAUUGACGCCUACGGCAAAGCAAAAAUGUUUCAAGAGAUGGAAAUGAUGCUUGUGGAGAUGCUUCGGGAGAAGGAUUGUGAACCAGAUGUUUGGACCAUGAACUCCACAAUCAGAGCCUUUGGCAGCAGUGGGCAAAUUGAAACAAUGGAGAAGUGUUAUGAGAAGUUUCAGCGUGCUGGUAUCCAGCCCAAUAUUAACACCUUCAACAUUCUUCUAGACUCAUAUGGGAAAACUGGAAACUAUGAUAAGAUGAGUGCUGUAAUGGAAUAUAUGCAAAAAUACCAUUACUCGUGGACAAUUGUUACCUACAAUGUAGUCAUAGAUGCCUUUGGAAGGGCUGGUGAUUUGAAACAGAUGGAGUAUUUGUUUAGACUAAUGCGGUCGGAGAGAAUCAAGCCUAGUUGUGUCACCCUUUGCUCUCUGGUAAGGGCUUAUGGUCAAGCUGGAAAAGCUGAAAAAAUUGCAGGUGUUUUGCGGUUCAUUGACAAUUCAGAUGUAACAUUGGACACUGUGUUUUUCAAUUGUCUGGUGGAUGCUUAUGGUAGGAUGGGGUGCUUUGCAGAGAUGAAAGGGGUGCUUGAAAUGAUGAAGCAGAAAGGAUAUAAGCCUGAUAAGAUUACCUAUAGAACCAUGAUUAAGGCUUAUUCAAUCAGCAGGAUGACUAGCCAUGUAAAGGAGCUUCGAGAUCUUCUUGAGUCAGUGUCGGGGACUCCAUUGGGGAUGCCGAAGCCUGAUUUCCAAGAACGAGAACAUUACAGGUCACACAUUUCUGAGGUCUAAUGUGUGUAUUGUUCUUAUGUUGUAUAUGCACAGCAACAUUAGUGAGAUGAAAUAUAAAAGCAUCAUCAUUUGCUGUUAAGUUUCUGUUCUAGAUGCCAUUUCUACUUCAACUCACAAAAGUCUACAAAUGAACACAGUUUAAAGCCUCAACAAGUCUAAGAAAGGCUCUGCCAUUGAUAAGCCAUUUCUGCCUUUUGCUUGUAAGUUUAUUUGUGACUCUGGCUUUUGCUUCACUCUAAAUCUGUAUCUAAGCUUUCAUCAGAAUCAUCAGGGUUGCCUUGGUGAGCCUCUGUCGGUCUCCCACUGCCACUUGGCUGCUGUUCACUGCUGGUGAUAUCACUUGCUGAGGGGGCUGCUUGCUCAUCGCUGUCAUCCAUGCUUUCGGUUGAUUUCUUUCUCUUUUUAACUGGCACAAAACAAUCCGAUAUUCAGAGAGGUAAUGAAAGGCAACUUCUUAUAACAUGCUGCAAGAAAGGGUACUGAAUUUUUAACAUUGUAUAAUUGAUGUGAUUUAGUUAUGGAAGUCAUAGUUUCUUAAGGUUUGUUAAGCACAGAGAAAAUAUAAGACCUUGAAAACUACAGGUGCUUUAGUAUAGCUUAUGUAUAUAUUGAAAAGCAAAUUAACCAACAAUGUUCUGUGAAAAUUUCUGAAGGAGGGCCAAACCAGAUUUUGCAUAUGCAUUUGGCACAGAAUCUGGGAAAGGCUUUUCCUCCUCCUGAUGGAAGGAUCCAACAGGGUCUCCUUGUGUUUGUGUCAUUGAUCCACCCAUCCCUUGAAGUGAAACUGUCCCUGCAGAUGAACCUGAAUUAGGAGCUGAAAAGGAAAAUGUGCAGCAUUGGCAACAGAAUUGGCUUCAUAUGGCAAUAUAGAAAUAAAUGAAUCUUCAAUAACCAUUUUGAAUGGAAAGUGCUGAGUUAGCGCUUGAUUUUGAGCCAAUCUUAGAGACAACUAUUUGUUUCAUCAAUAAAUGAAUAUAAGCUCUCAGGACUGACCAAGAAGGAAAUCAUUUUGCGGCAACCUUUGUACAGCAUUGAGCAUGAAUAUAAUGAAUACAGAGGUGAUGUUUAAUCUGAUAAUAAGGGAAUUUGGCUUUCUUCUUUUUCCAGAUAGAGUUCCUGGUUGAAUCUUCUGUCAUUGGUUUCUAUUGAAGAAGCUUUUUGAGUUCCUGGUUGAAACUUCUGUCAUUUGUUUCUAUUAAAGAAGCUAUUGAGUUCCUG